AUGAUACAAGUAAGAACGCCCACCAUAGAUCGGCCAAAAAAGACACAUAGUCCACCUAGCAGCACAAAUACACCAUCCGCCUCUUCAAAAUUUCUAAAGGAUGUGACAGGCAAAGGAUUAAGGAAAAUCGGUGCCAAAUUGAAUCGUACUCCAACGUCGCAGUCUACUGCAACCUUCUCUCCAGAAGUGGAAUACGUCCAAACCUUUUCAGAUGGUCCUACUCCAAAUUCUACCAAACAACUGAAAACACAGUUCGAUCUUCUCAAAAAAAGGCCGGCUCCUCUCAAACUACAACCGCUUACACCUCCGGCAAGUCUUAAGAAGCCAGUAUUAGAAGAAUCAGAUGAAGAUGCAGUUGCCAGAUUAGAAUCACCAAUUGUUCUUAAAUUCGACAAGUCUACCGGACGAGAAAGCAGUAUAUAUUCUGCAUCACUGGGGAAGCAAGAUAUACUGUCGUUUAGUUCGACGCUUUUUGAUGUGCCACGCUCUUCAUUUACGUUGAGUGUUGAUGACAAGCCGUUCAAUAUGGGAACGUAUGAUGAGCUUGAAUCACCAACAUGUGUAAUGCAAAUGCAGAGAAACAUGAGAAAAGCAAAUGGUACCAAGAAGUAUAACAGUUGUAUGUGUUCAAUCUGUGAUGAGAGCAUGCAAAGACUGCUUGGCGGUGGAGAAAGAAUCGUAGAAUUGGAAUGUAAACAUCAGUGUCAUAUGGAAUGUUUCCUUGCAAUGAUGGACGGUGUAACUUUUGAACCUCCAUCUUGCAACGUGUGCGGUAAAAAGUCGCAGCCGGCAGAUAAGCAAGUAAGCUUAGAUAUGGUACUCAAAAAGAUGAAAGAAAGCAAAAACGGCGAUUCAACACCCUCUGCCACUCACUCUAACAUGGAAAGUUCUAAUGGCGAAGUUGUCAUGCAAUCAUUAUUGGCGACAAAUACAAGUAAUACUGGAGCUACUGUAACGAUGUCCGGUAUUUCUGCGAGAAAGCUUGUUACACCAAAAAACCAAUUAAUUCAUUCUGCACAAGUAUCCACUAAUGGCUUUAACGACGUUUUUAACAUGUUAGACGAAGCUUUUGACGAAGUUUCAACGCCAACAAAUCUCAUUUGUGUCGAACCUCUAGACUUUGAAAGCGUACCGAAGGAUGAACUACGUAUCAACAUUAUGCCAAAACUUGAAAGAUAUGUGAUCCAUGAGGGCAGUAAGGUUAUUGUGCCUCAUAUUCUUAGUACUCAUUUACCAAAAGACGACGAAAUUGAAGAUAUUAAGACUGUGCAGAUAAUUAUGUGCGUGAGUCUGGUAAAUAAUGAUCCUGUGAACAUUAGUAACGAAACUUUCCUAGAAACCCUGAAGCACAGGGUGAAUACCCUUCUAGAGAACUUAAAACCCAACGACACAUUUGGGCUUAUUGUAGUUGGAAAAGAUGGGAGUGGUACCCUUGGUUGUAAGAGUACGUUUUAUGGCUUUAUUACGAAAGAUUGGGACGGCUGGCAAGAUAUCAUUGAUGGAUGGGAAGUUGUGGUUGCCAGUGAGCCAGUAUUUCCUAACCCAAUGUGGGAGGCCAAAGAAAUGUUACAAGCGACCCAUAGGUUGCUGCUAACUACAGGUGAUCCAGAAGAAGCCCAGAUACGACAUGUAGUAAUGAUGAAUGGGGUUCAACAUAUCAGUAAGAGACAUUACAGACUGGAAGAUGAUAUUUUCGCUCGAAAGAUUGAAGUUCUGCUGGAAAAGAUAAUGGCAGUGCACAAAUGCUCCUUGUCGCAGUGGAUUGACGAGGACGAGGGCCAUCCUUUUAUACUGCGGGACUACGCCCCCAAGUGGCAAUACCGGAUCCGCACAGUUUUCUUUGAAAAAUUGUCAUUUGACAUUGCAAAACUGUUAAAAGAGCUGCGUCGCGUUGUGGUUGAUGGUGUUACCGUCAAGCUCGAAUGCGCUAUCGACAAGAUGGUGAAGCUCCAUUCCUUGGACUUCAACGGAAAAUUAUACCGCUGCGAAGGUGACCACAGGAAUAGUUUGGAGAUAAACCUUCCGCCUUUCCGGUACGGUGACUUCAAGCUGGCCAUUGUUGAGCUUGAAGUAGACGUUGCGAUGGUCCAGAAACACAUUGAGCAAAUGGGAAGCACGAUUUCGUUGUUAAACUAUCAUGGGUCUCAGACGGGCGCUAGAGCCGAGUCGGGCUGCGUGACAUUCCAGAUACGCCACGAGCGUCCUACAUGUGCUUCCCCGCCGCUGAGCCUGACCACACCAUUGUUCCAUGGGAACGGUACCGGCGGUGCUGCCGACACCGAUGCCGGUGCUGGUGCUGCUGGCACUGACAGCGUCGCUAAUGCGGGUAACACAGAUAAUAAUAAUACGGUUACCCGCUCCACCAGUGCUGCUCGCCCCCGCCAAGAGGACAGCCUCGAAAGAGCCAGCCAAUACCUGGAUCUACCGCUAGUCCCGCCCUCCUCGCCCUCGUCCGACUCUCUCUUCGUCACUCGCCACAUUGAGCUGAUGGCGGUCGAGUCGCUGCGCAAACUCGUCGUCCAACAGGACUCUUCUUCUUCCACCACCUCGGGAACAUCGCCUGAAGUCGCCAUUAGAGAGCUCACUAGUGUGGUGUACGGGAUGAGUAGAGAGUGUUCCGCAAUGAACCCACAGUACUACGAGGAAACCGGCCAUGAGAACAGACUGGAAUUCUACAUAGAGACACUCACGUGCCGUCUCGAAGACAUCCUACACCAUAACAACCCAAGGCUAAUGAUACACAAGCUGAUCCAGUCGCUGGCCUAG